AUGACAGCGAGAGAUAGAGACCAGAUCCUGAAUGGCCAACCAUGGAACUUCAAUGGCCAUGUCAUCGCUCUCCAAGCCAUAACAGGGGAAGAGCAACCAUCAGAACUGAACCCCCAUCUCUGCCCAAUAUGGGUCAGAAUCUAUAACCUACCCCUAAAUCUGAGAGAUGAACAAUCAGUCCUUAGAAUCGGAAGCUGCUUGGGGAAAUUUCUGGACUAUGACAAAUCAGAGGAAUGUCUAAUGGGGAAAUAUGCACGAGCAAGAGUCAUGGUGGACUUACAGAAACCACUUAAGAGGGGCACUAACAUCAAAGUUGCACAGAACAGGAAUGGUCAUACCAUCAAAUCCUGCCCAGAUAAUGAUGACAACCAAGAGGAGGAGGAAAACCAAACCUGGCCUUUUGGUAAAUGGAUGAGAGCAUCCCCAAAAAAUAUCACAAGGGUGAGAAAAUAUGGGUAUGCAGAAACUGGAAAACUGUUGAAGAAGACGUUGUUCAAUGAAAAUGAAAAUGAAGGAAACAAAGGGGAAGGGAACAACCAAGCUGAACAGGAAAAUCAACCAGAACCUACAGAACAAGCAGAGAAAGGUAACUCUAAUAGUUGUGAUGAACAUAUAACAGCUCAGAGUCUGGAAUGUGUAGCUGAAGUUUUACAACAAAUCAAGCUCUCCCCAAUAGCCAGCCAGCAACACACAACAGAGGGUCCUGACAAGCAAGCUGAAAGAGAGACACAGUCCAAUGAAGACUCCCCAAGCCCAACUGAAAUCAAGAAGCCAAGUGGACUGAAAAACUGGAAGAAGCUUAUUAGAGAAAACAAAGGUUCCCCCACAAUAACAAUAGGAAAUUGUGUAGGAGGGAAAAGGACCGAGAUGGAAAUUGAUGGAGAAGAGGAUGGAGAGCAAGGAGGGGAGAAAAAACACAGAACUGAUAUGGUUAUUGAUGAAGGAUCGGCGGUGCUGGACGACCAGCAUUGCCGGGAGCAAUGA